GCAAGUAGUGCAUAGAAAAUCCAGUAUGGCCGCUUCCUCUCCUAUAGACUGUCACUCAAGCGAGUAGAUUCGGCUUGUGCUUCGAUGAUGACAUUAUGGUUUCUGCCGAGAAUACGGGAAGCAGUUGCGUCAGCGCCAUACUAUGGUCGUUUAUGCUGGCGCUCACGUACGUGGGAAGCCUGUACAUUUGGAGGACGAGGGAAAACAGGGAUCACCCGGCCACCAUAAAGAAGAGGUUCAUCAGCGUAUUCGCCAUAAUUUGCAUAUCCCCUCUCUUCGUAGUUUUCGGCGCUGAUCUCGGUCAUUUCAAGAAGAAUGCCAGCGUGCCUGCUGUGAUGGGUCUUCGCUUUGCUGGGCUGCUACAAGCCAUCGUCCUGCCGUUGGCUCUCACCAUGGUGCUUUUUGCGGGCCCCCUUGUACUACACUACUUUGACGGAGUCUGGAGCCUUUACAUGGAGCCACGCUACUGGUACUUGAAUCUGAGGAACCUCAUUUGGCUUAGGAACCAUAUUGUGGCACCAUUGUCCGAAGAGUUCACGUUUCGUGCCUGUAUGCUUCCCAUACUGGUGCCUUGCCUGGGCCACCGAGCUGCCGUUGUUAUCUGUCCGCUGUUCUUUGGCGUUGCUCACUUCCAUCAUCUCACUGAGAGACUCUCUAGGACAAGCAAUGUAAAAAUGGCCAUCAUGCAGUCUGUGUUCCAGUUUGCUUAUACAACAAUCUUUGGUGCCUACUCCGUCUAUCUAUUUCUCAGGACAGGUCACUUUGUGGCGCCGUUUGUGGCCCACGCCUUCUGCAACCACAUGGGGUUCCCCGACGUCUCCGAGGUGUUCGGCUACAAGCAGCCACGACUCACCCUGCUUCUGCUGGCGUUCUUGCUCGGGCUUCUGUCUUGGGCGUCACUGUUGGAACCCAUGACCCGGCCACAGAUCUACUCAAAUGAGUUGUACUACCAGUCCUUAUGACGCGCGCUUGCUAACGAGCCAAGCAUUGCGUUCGGAUCAAGAGGUGUUCACUUUCUUGUCAAGGUCUCCUUCCUGCCCUGCACUCAUUUGUGAACCAUCAUUUCAGCCAUUUGUCACCGAAAAAAAGGGGACAGGAAUUCACUUGCCUUCUGAGCUUUGCUCCAAGCAACACCACCUAGAACUGUGAAGGCUGCAGAACUGCCGCCAUCAUGUGCCAGAGAUUCAGUGCCGUGCUAGAGGAACUCUACAUGGAUUUGCAGUUGCAGCAACUUUGCUUCAGGAAGCGUAUUCAUGAUAUUUGCGUUUCUUGAUGCGAACAAACUUUCUGUGAAGACUUCAUCAAAAAAAAAGGUGCUCAAAUUGCAGUGGAAGAGUAUGGCCGACAAUCCCAUUUCCGUUUUCUGUAGGUUACAUUUCGCAAGGGUCAUUGUUGCACAGCUAUUUAUACACAUGCAACACAACAUAUUUAUUGCUUAUACUUUUUGGGGCAGUUUUUCAAAGUAUCAAGCUUUCUUAGAUUCAGCAGUGGUAUCCGCAGGUUCAUUUGCUCAUUCGGGGAAGAUAAGUAUUUACGUGCAUGCAUACAUGCCCUGUCUGUGAAAUCGGUGAGAUUAUGUUAAAAGCUGCGAUAAAAUGGUUCAUACCCACUAUGUAGGUUCAACAUGGCGCAGGCGCUUUUACCAUCCUACACGCAAGCGUAGAUGCCCAGUUGUGAAAUCAACGAGAUUAUGUGAGAUGAGAGACAACACUUGAAUGCAUCAGGUGUGAGCUGAACAAGAUUAUCAAGACGUGCAAACUAGGUGCAUUCAGGAGACUCCUGAAGAGUGUGCUAUACUGAAGGACUGCAGCACUUGCAGUCAAAGCAUUUCUAAAACAUUCUAUGUGCAAUGCAUGAAAAGGGAAUAGCACCCAUACGCUUGUGCGUAAGCUGUGUCCACAAAGUGAAAUCUCUUUAUAAUUUUCUUUAGUACUACUACAUUGUUGGCAUCAUAGUGACUGCAGGCACGUUCAAGUGUACACAGCAUUCUACAAUAUGAGAAGAUACUUCAGCGUAACAGUUAAGAGUGGAAUGCAACACCUAGUUUGCGUCACCUUCUUAUUCGCUUGCGACGCCUCUCUUCUCAGUCAAUACCUCAACUGUGCCGUGACGAAAAGAACAUCCGUGUGUGUCACAUUUGCUGUUGUAAACUCUCCAAGGGCGCCUACUGCAAGUAUGGUUACGAAUUACCCACUACACCUUUGUUCGUCAUACUGCAAAAUAGCAAAGCACCCACGACGUGUCUGUACGUAGCAUACUGUGGCUGAUGAAUUAUUGCCAAGCAUUUUGUAAUAGGUGGGCAGCUUUAGAUCACACGGUCGUUGCACAUUUCACAUGGUGUGACGCCUAACGCAGUUCUACGCUUUUGCCACGCAAUAUUACAUCUGUUAACGUGACUCUUCACCACACAUGCCGCCUGUAUAGCGUCUUUUUCCAAAGCAGUUUCAAGCACUGGCCUGUCUUCGUGAUAGGAACACCUGACUGCCACUCAGAACACCAGGGUUCGAUUGUAGCUCAAACCAUGAUUUCUAUUCAUUGCAUCCAUCAGGAUUUGUCGCUUGCGGAAGCCACCAGUGCUGACACCGCACUUUCUGUGGCAUGGGCUGUUUAAUGCUGUCUCAUAAAAAGCUGCCGCUUGCUGCAUUUGACAAGACAUGGUGAUAGCAGAACAUUCACGACAGCACACAAACGCGUUUGUUACGCUUGUCCAAGCAUUGACGCUUUUCUUCGAUCACCUGUACUUGAUGUCGUAGGGUCGCCUACUUCAGGCACUGCUGUGGCCUUAACUUGUUCUAGGUGGUGUUGCUUCAGCGCACUAACACGGUUGUGGUUUUGGCAUGAAGGUUUCAAGGGCAACAAGUGCAAUGGGGAAGGCAUUGUCUAGCGACGUCAUUCAUUGUAGUUUGGUGACGCAUGUCACAUGACGUCACAGACCUCCGUGCGAGACAAAACCAGAAAGACGUCAGAAACUAAGAGUGUGACGGACGACUGUGACACAUCAACUGCUUCAUGGCUUCAGAAAGCAAACGCAGUUUACAAGCUCUACAAUUCACUGUUUGCUAUGGAGUUACAUUACUCGUACCAUGCAGCAGUUUCGUCUUCUGCUUUCUUUGUCACAUAUCUCUUGACGGUGUGACUACUGUAAGACGUAACCUACAUUUGUUACAUUGUUUCAAACACACACACAUAUAUAUAUAUAUACACUUGUAAUGGGUAAACACAUAAAUAAGUUCAUUUUAUGGGCAUUAACCACAUUCUCUGCUGUUGUCUACAUUGACUGCUCGCUUUGUUGCAGUGUGCUGAUUCACGGACGUUUGUUAUCAGCUUGUGUGUACGCAUGAAGACACUGUUGGUUAACGUAUUUUUGGCUUACACGUGCUCAAAAACCACGUUAACGGCUCAUUGUUUUGUCGUUGAUCUGUUGACUGAGUACACAAAAAAAGAAGCUUAGAAGGUGCACACAUAAUUGUUGAAUAUGUCACCAGUGUUGUGGUGAAGUUCAGUAUGAGAUGCGAGAGUAGAAAAGAAACACUCAUUGUUGGAACUUGUUUUUGAUAGCUGUGAUUGCUUUGGCAGCCCAGUAUAACGUGGUUUUAGGCUUGUUCCUGCUGCCAACCAAACGCUGGACAGAGCACAGUAGUAAGUGCACUAAACGUGCCUUAUUGGCACGAAGGAAUGACGCUGAAAUGUCCUCUGUUGUGUGUUAAAAAUGCGUAAACUCCGACAUAUUCAACUAGUUUUCUGCAGCUCUUACCUUUUGUUAGUGCUCAAUAGAAUCUAUUUUUUUUUUGGAAAUUAAGCCAUAUUUCAGGCGCCAUAUUUGUAAAGAACAGCAGCUCUCGUAGCGUACUAACAGAGAUUUUAUACAUUUCUAGAAAAACCUGCCGUGAGAACCUAGUGUUGUCGAAAUGGAAAUAAACUGUGAAGUACGCUCGCGGAAGCCCAGUUUAUUUUUUUUACCCUUCCGUGAAAUAUUUUGAUCAUUAAUGCUGCAUGAAUAAUUCAUCAUAUUUAAUAGCAAUUCAAAAUGCGUGGCGCUUUGACAUUGCAUGAUGUUGCAGUCUGUUCUUUAAGUACAUGUGUGUAGAUGUUGUUUGCGAAGUGUGAAACGGUGUGUGAUAACUUAUACAUUGUGUACUUCUGAAUAUUUAAUAAGCCGUUGUGUUGUUGCUCGGGAUGAGCUUGUGGAGUGUGCGUCCUUCGCCGAGGUUGUUUUAGCACAAUGGACAUUGAAACUGCACUGUCGAGGAAGUCAUAACUUUACUCUAAAGAAAUGUUAAGUGCUGAUGCUGAGGCUCGAGUUACAGUUAUUGCCUUUGACACAGGUACCUGUACAAAUGUGCAAGAUUAAUAUUAAUGUCUGAGCUCAGUGGCUGGAUUUCCUGGUGCAAAAUUUACGAGAUGGACACGAUAGCGUUGCCAGAUGCCAGUGCACAUAUAUGGUAGAACCCCGCUUAUAUGUUCCUCACUUAAACAUUUUCCUGUGUGUGAAAUUUCUGGCGUCGAGUACCAACAAGAAAUCUACAGAUACCUGUGUAUUAGAAUCCCGCAUCGUAACGUUCCUGCCUAAUAUGUGGCAAACUGUGCUGCACUGGAUGUGCUGAACAGGUAUGCCAAUGAGUUUGGCAAUGUUGGCUGCCACAAGGCCAUCCAAGUACUCGAAAAGGGUCUGUUUCUGCGAGAGGUGCAAAAGAAAUGCCAUAUUUCUAUCAAGGACUUCCUUAAUCCGUAAACUGAUGAUUUAAUUCUUCUGAGCUAGAGCUGCAUGCACUGCGUCUGUUUUAUUAUUUAGCAGAACUUUUUCCCGGACUUUAACUGCAGAAGGGUGUCUCACUGGGAGAAUUGGCACGAUAUCAUCGUUAAAGGUAGCGCAAGCAA